UCUCUGCUGAGCGCCAAACCCCAUGUGGGGCCUCAAUCUCAGGACCCUGAGAUCAUGACCUGAGCCGAAUUCAAGACUCAGAUGCUUCACCGAUGGAGGCACCUGAGCCGCCCAGGCACCCCUAGAAUCUGUUCUUAGAGGUCAAAGUUUUGUCAAGUGUUAACAAACACAUACUCCUUAUCUUGCAGAGCUCAUAUUUUAAUUCCCAAACGAUUCUUCCAAUAACUUCCUUUUUACUAUACUUGGGGAAAGGAACUUCAUUUUAAUAUUCAAGUUAAAAAAAGAAAACCCAACUGAAAAGCUAGGAUGAAAUGCAAAAAGAGAAAAUAAGUACAUCGCGUUCCAAAUACGAAGGCACCUUGUAUUUUCUCUUGGUUUGGAAUUAUCCAUACUCCUGCUAUAUGAACUUCUCUUGCCUUAACUUAAAAAAAAAAAAGUGCAACAUGCUUUCUAUGUGCCAGGUUCUUUUCCAUGGACGGUUUCAUUUCAUCUCUGCAAUAAUCCAGUGAAGUAGGUACACACAGUUCAAAGAAGCGAAGUGACUUAUCCAAGGCUUCGUAGUGACCCAAAUAUGUAUGUCUAGACCCAAUAAUAAUGUCUAAUGAAGAGGCAUUAAGAGUUAGUCAAAGUCUUAUCCUAUUCGACAGGAAUGGGGUGAGCAAAGCCUCCGGUGCAGCCGAGUAGCUAGACUGGGGUAGAGGUGCUACUCUGUUAUUCAGUGUGCACCGGCACAGACAUGAAGCUCCGGCUCCCGGCCAGUCCCGAGACCCACCUGGAUAUGCUCCGCCACCUGUACCAGGGCUGUCAAGUGGUACAGGGGAACCUGGAGCUCACUUACCUGCCUGCCAAUGCCAGCCUGUCCUUCCUGCAGGAUAUCCAGGAGGUGCAGGGCUAUGUGCUCAUUGCUCACAGCCAAGUGAGGCAGAUCCCACUGCAGAGGCUACGAAUUGUGCGAGGCACCCAGCUCUUUGAGGACAACUACGCCCUGGCCGUGCUGGACAAUGGAGACCCGCUGGAGGGUGGCAUCCCUGCACCAGGGGCGGCCCCAGGAGGGCUGCGGGAGCUGCAGCUUCGAAGCCUCACAGAGAUCCUGAAGGGAGGGGUCUUGAUUCAGCGGAGCCCGCAGCUCUGCCACCAGGACACGAUUUUAUGGAAGGACGUCUUCCAUAAGAACAACCAGCUGGCCCUCACGCUGAUAGACACCAACCGCUCUCGGGCCUGCCCACCCUGUUCUCCAGCUUGUAAAGACGCCCACUGCUGGGGGGCCAGCUCCGGGGACUGUCAGAGCUUGACACGGACUGUCUGUGCGGGGGGCUGUGCCCGCUGCAAGGGCCCACAACCCACUGACUGCUGCCACGAGCAGUGUGCUGCUGGCUGCACGGGCCCCAAGCACUCUGACUGUCUGGCCUGCCUUCACUUCAACCACAGUGGCAUCUGUGAGCUGCACUGCCCAGCCCUGGUCACCUACAACACGGACACCUUCGAAUCCAUGCCCAACCCUGAGGGCCGAUAUACCUUCGGGGCCAGCUGUGUGACCUCCUGUCCCUACAACUACCUGUCUACGGACGUGGGAUCCUGCACCCUGGUCUGUCCCCUGAACAACCAAGAGGUGACGGCUGAGGAUGGGACACAGCGGUGCGAGAAAUGCAGCAAGCCCUGUGCCCGAGUGUGCUACGGUCUGGGCAUGGAGCACCUGCGGGAGGUGAGGGCGGUCACCAGUGCGAACAUCCAGGAGUUUGCCGGCUGCAAGAAGAUCUUUGGAAGCCUGGCAUUUUUGCCAGAGAGCUUUGAGGGGGACCCAGCCUCCAAUACUGCCCCCCUACAGCCUGAGCAGCUCAGAGUGUUUGAGGCUCUGGAGGAGAUCACAGGUUACCUGUACAUCUCAGCGUGGCCAGACAGCCUGCCUAACCUCAGUGUCUUCCAGAACCUGCGAGUAAUCCGGGGACGAGUUCUGCAUGAUGGUGCCUACUCGCUGACCCUGCAAGGGCUGGGCAUCAGCUGGCUGGGGCUGCGCUCGCUGCGGGAACUGGGCAGUGGGCUGGCCCUCAUCCACCGCAACGCCCGCCUUUGCUUCGUGCACACGGUGCCCUGGGACCAGCUCUUCCGGAACCCCCACCAGGCCCUGCUCCAUAGUGCCAACCGGCCAGAGGAGGAGUGCGUGGGCAAGGGCCUGGCCUGCUACCCGCUGUGCGCCCAUGGGCACUGCUGGGGUCCAGGGCCCACCCAGUGCGUCAACUGCAGCCAAUUCCUUCGGGGCCAGGAGUGCGUGGAGGAAUGCCGAGUACUGCAGGGGCUGCCCCGAGAGUAUGUGAAGGACAGGUACUGUCUGCCGUGCCACUCAGAGUGUCAGCCCCAGAAUGGCUCAGUGACCUGCUUUGGAUCGGAGGCUGACCAGUGUGUGGCCUGUGCCCACUACAAGGACCCUCCCUUCUGUGUGGCUCGCUGCCCCAGUGGUGUGAAACCUGACCUGUCCUUCAUGCCCAUCUGGAAGUUCGCAGAUGAGGAGGGCACUUGCCAGCCGUGCCCCAUCAACUGCACCCACUCCUGUGCAGACCUGGACGAGAAGGGCUGUCCCGCCGAGCAGAGAGCCAGCCCUGUGACAUCCAUCAUUGCCGCUGUGGUGGGCAUUCUGCUGGCUGUGGUCGUGGGGCUGGUCCUCGGCAUCCUGAUCAAGCGAAGGCGGCAGAAGAUCCGGAAGUACACUAUGCGGAGGCUGCUGCAGGAAACCGAGCUGGUGGAGCCGCUGACGCCUAGUGGAGCGAUGCCCAACCAGGCUCAGAUGCGGAUCCUGAAAGAGACAGAGCUGAGGAAGGUGAAGGUGCUUGGAUCUGGAGCUUUUGGCACAGUCUACAAGGGCAUCUGGAUCCCUGAUGGGGAAAAUGUGAAAAUCCCAGUGGCCAUCAAAGUGUUGAGGGAAAACACAUCUCCCAAAGCCAACAAAGAAAUCUUGGACGAAGCAUAUGUCAUGGCUGGAGUGGGCUCCCCGUAUGUGUCCCGCCUCCUGGGCAUCUGCCUGACAUCCACGGUGCAGCUGGUGACACAGCUUAUGCCCUACGGCUGCCUCUUAGACCAUGUCCGAGAACACCGUGGGCGCCUGGGCUCCCAGGACUUGCUGAACUGGUGUGUGCAGAUUGCCAAGGGGAUGAGCUACUUGGAGGAUGUCCGGCUGGUGCACAGGGACCUGGCUGCCCGGAAUGUGCUGGUCAAGAGUCCCAACCAUGUCAAGAUUACAGAUUUCGGGCUGGCUCGGUUGCUGGACAUUGAUGAGACAGAGUACCACGCAGAUGGGGGCAAGGUGCCCAUCAAGUGGAUGGCACUGGAGUCCAUUCUCCGCCGGCGGUUCACCCACCAGAGUGAUGUGUGGAGCUAUGGUGUGACUGUGUGGGAACUGAUGACUUUUGGGGCCAAACCUUACGAUGGGAUCCCAGCCCGGGAGAUCCCUGACCUGCUGGAGAAGGGGGAACGGCUGCCCCAGCCCCCCAUCUGCACCAUUGAUGUCUACAUGAUCAUGGUCAAGUGCUGGAUGAUAGACUCUGAAUGCCGACCCCGGUUCCGGGAGUUGGUGGCCGAAUUCUCGCGUAUGGCCAGGGACCCCCAGCGCUUUGUGGUCAUUCAGAAUGAAGACUUGGGCCCCGCCAGCCCCUUGGACAGCACCUUCUACCGUUCACUACUGGAAGAUGAUGACAUGGGGGACCUGGUGGAUGCUGAGGAGUACCUGGUACCCCAGCAGGGUUUCUUCUGCCCAGAACCUACCCCAGGGGCUGGGGGCACUGCCCACCGCCGGCACCGCAGCUCAUCCACCAGGGUCAGUGUCUUCUGUCAUACUGAGAGUGGCGGUGGUGAGCUGACUCUAGGACUGGAGCCCUCCGAGGAGGAGCCCCCCAAGUCUCCACUGGCACCCUCAGAGGGCGCUGGCUCUGACGUGUUUGAUGGUGACUUGGGAAUGGGGGCAGCCAAGGGGCUGCAGAGCCUUCCCUCACAGGACCCCAGCCCUCUCCAGCGAUACAGUGAGGACCCUACGGUACCCUUACCCCCUGAGACUGAUGGCUACGUCGCCCCCCUGACCUGCAGCCCCCAGCCUGAAUAUGUGAACCAGCCAGAAGUUUGGCCGCAGCCCCACUCGCCCCUAGAAGGCCCUCUGCCUCCUUCCCGACCGGCUGGUGCCACUCUGGAAAGGCCCAAGACUCUGUCCCCCAAGACUCUCUCCCCUGGCAAGAAUGGGGUUGUCAAAGACGUUUUUGCCUUUGGGAGUGCUGUGGAGAACCCGGAGUACCUGGCACCCCGGGGCAGAGCUGCCCCUCAGCCCCACCCUCCUCCAGCCUUCAGCCCAGCCUUUGACAACCUGUAUUACUGGGACCAGGAUCCAUCAGAACGGGGCUCUCCACCCAGCACCUUUGAAGGGACCCCUACAGCAGAGAACCCGGAGUAUCUGGGGCUGGACGUGCCAGUGUGAGCCCAGAGGCCAAGUCGGCCGAGGCCCUGCUGAACCUCCAGGGAGUGAGGCCAAGUCGGCCGAGGCCCUGCUGAACCUCCAGGGAGUGGGGAAGGCCUGACUACUGGCCUGUAUCGGGAUGAGGCAGGAAAUGGGUCCUUGGCCCACAUCCAGGGGAUCCUGCCACACCGGAACCUACCUUCCCCCUCCAAAAUCCAGGUGGCCAAGAGGGGCCCAGCCUGGUUGGUAGAAGGGACAGCACUGGGGAGUCUUGACUGACUUUGGAGCCCUGCCCCAGCCAAUUCUAGGGUUCCACGGAUGCCACCGCCAGUCUCCUCACCUGCGGGAGCAGCUGUACCUGGUUUUCUUAUUCCAGAUCUUUGACACAGAAGGACUUAGAGGAGCUGGGCCCUGGGGGGAGGAGGCUCCAAGGGAGUGAGUGCCUUAGAACAAGAUCACCCAUUCAGAGACUGUCCCUGAGGCCCUGAGACCUAGCUCUGCACCCAGGAAGACGGGAGCAGCAAAGCUACCCAGAUCCAGCCCUUGUACAGAGUGCUUUUCUGGUUUUGUUUUUACUUUUUUUUUUUUUAAGAUGAAAUAAGGAUUCGGGGAGAGUGGGUACUGUGGAGGGGGGUGGGCUCCCGGUGUUGGGGGAAGAGUGUCCUUUCUACACACCCACUUUCUCCAUUUGCAAAUAUAUUUUGGAAAACAGCUGGGUACCAGCCUAAGUCUGGGGUGGCUCUGUGCCAACCUUACCGCUCACCUCCUAACUUACAGUCAAGUCAAAUUUUCCUGGAAGGGAUGGUUAAGAAUAGAGAAAGCUUGAAUGAGGA